AUGUUAGCGUCUAGCAAUGCCAGUGCGUUCGACGGUACAAAUGCCGAUUUGGCCAUUAUUCAGCUGACUAAGGACAUUAUUUUGCACGAGACGGCGCGCACAGGACAAGAGGCGGCAAUAUCGGCUGUGGAGGUCGUCAAAGAAGUUUGGAAUCGAUCUCACCCACGUCUGUAUUCCAAGGCGUCUUUGCCUUCAAUUGAUCCUGCGGUCGUUACGAACCUCAUUUACAUCAGCACUAAACAACAAUCCAGAAUCCUGCAAGUUAUAGUCCCAGUGCGGCUAGUAAUCGUUGUCGAAUGCGUUACUAGCUUGAAGCUUGCCACCAAUGCUCUUACCACCGUAACCCACAGAUCGAGCGCUCAUCAGAAUUCAUCGGAGGAGCUUAGAUACAAGAACCGGACGCGCUCGGCGCGCAAAGUGGCAACACGAAGAGGUCAUGGCGUCAGCGAGCACGAGUGCAGAAGUACGAAGCAAUCUGCUAGUACAAUCGCAGCCAAGCCACCACCCUUGUUACAGCCACCAACGGCUUGUAAGGCAGAGUUGCAACAUACUCUAGCAAUCCAUCACCCCGAACCGCGCCGAGGCUCUUCACGUACGAUGAGCUCUUCAAUUCGAUCUUCAGAACCUGGUGCCGAGCGCCUGACUGGAGAUGCCAAUGCCAACAGCACCCGACUUUUCGACUCGAUUGUCUACGACUCCCAGAGCUCUGCCUCUGAGGAGACAGUUUGCACGACCGACCAGAGAGGAGACAAAUUCGAGGACAUUCAUCGGGCUAGUCAGGAAGGUGCAAAGGAAGGCUGCGACAGAUUGGUGCAGGCAGACCGUACUAUACACUUCCGACCAACGAUUUAUAACGCCGAUCGCGAGGCCACAGAUGAUCCUAAUUGUUUACUGUCUGUAGCAGCUUCGCAGCCUGCCGCGCACCUUUUGUCUGACCUACAACACACACCAGACACCACACCAAUGGCGCCGCACCCCGGCCUGCCAGGCCCGCGUCGCCAGCUGCCAAGCCCUCCUAUCAGUCCAGUAGCCGUCGCUUCACUCUCGAUUAAGACUGAAGUGAGCUUUGCAGAGACGCUGCAGACUGAACUCGACACGAACUUCCCACUCUCAACUCAGACGCUGCAUCACAUUCUCAAGCUGCUUGUUCCAGACUGCGAGGCCUAUAAGUGGUAUAAUGCUGGAUCUCCAGACAAAGUCGGAUUUCAUUGCGAAGCGCAGCUCACCCAGCGUCUAGACGCAGUCGUGGUCUUCGUCGCGCUUUUCUGGUCCUCUCGAUGGAUCUUGCUUCGUUAUGUGCGCCCCAGCCAGACUGUUCAAAUUUUCGACUCGCUCCAGACGGACUCUACACUGCCGGCACUACUGCAGCGAACUCGCGAAAUCGGCCUCCUCCUAGGUAGAGAGUAUGAGACCACGCAGCUUGUCGACACGAAGCAGCCCACCAACCCAUCCGACAGCGGUAUCGCGCUCAUUGUACACGCUCUCCACGCGGCGGCUGGUGUGCAGGUGAGCCGGAGCGUCAACAUCACACUUUGGCGGCUCCUGUUGCAGCGUGCCUUUGCACAACAGGUAUCCGAGAUUUCUCAGGGCAUUGUCAUGGAUGCCCCGCAAGGCCGUACUGGCGCGGAUCUGGACGCUGCAAUGUUGCUUGUUCGCCAGUUGAUGGUGCAGGCGAAAGGCACGCAGGAGGACGGUGGCGUGAAUCUGGUCGCGAGCUUUUCACAGUUCUCGCUUGCUGAAGGGGAAUUGAUGAAGGGAUUUUUUGAGGGAACUCAGGCCCUAGAGAGGCUGGCAAGGGUUGUGAGAAUCAUUCGGACAUCCCUAAUGGCGCUACCCACUUGA